CAUGAUUUUGUGUUAAAAAAUCUGAUCUUUGUGGUUUUCUCCAGGGCUUUUUUAUACAAGAGGUUUCUUUCAGAUGAGGAAUGUGAUCAUUUGAUUAACUUGGCAAAAGGAAAGCUUGAGAAGUCAAGGGUGGUGAUUGAUGAUGAUACGGGUGCGAGUACUGAAAGUGAAGAACGCACAAGUUCUGGAAUGUUUCUUUCCAAAAGACAAGAUGAUAUAGUAGCUAAAGUGGAGGCUAGACUUGCUGCAUGGACCUUUCUUCCGGAGGAAAAUGGGGAACCCUUACAAAUAUUGCACUAUGAGAAUGGUCAGAAAUAUGAACCGCAUUUGGACUUCUAUUUCGACCAGGAAACUCUAAAGAACGGCGGACAUCGGUUCGCUACUGUACUGAUGUACUUGUCCAAUGUCACAAAGGGUGGAGAAACAGUUUUUCCCAUGUGGGAGGGUAAAAUACAUCAGCUGAAAGACGAUAGCUGGACGGAAUGUGCUAAACAAGGUUAUGCAGUGAAACCGAGGAAAGGGGACGCAUUGUUGUUCUUCAGUCUCCAUCUAAAUGCAACCACGGAUCCAACAAGCUUACAUGGAAGUUGUCCGGUGAUUGAAGGAGAGAAGUGGUCAGCGACCAGAUGGAUUCAUGUUAGGUCAUUUGGUAAGAGGCAAUCUGGAUGUGUGGACGAGAAUGAAAGCUGUGAAAUAUGGGCCAAGGAAGGGGAAUGCGAAAAGAAUCCAACUUACAUGGUGGGUUCAGAAAAAGACCUUGGAUUUUGCAGAAAGAGCUGCAAAGCUUGCUCAGCUUAAUUAAGAACAACAACAAACAAGUAAAUCAAAGGUCGUCGUAUUUUUUUGAAGGAUUAAAAAUUUUGUAGCGAACCGGUUCUUCACUACUCGGGCUUAGAAAAACCAUUAAAAAUCUGAUUAGUCUAUAACUCUUUGUCAAACAAAUCAAAGAUUCAGUAUCUUAAAAAGUAGUCAAAAUUUUAAUAAAAUCUGUAAAUUAAUAAGACU